AUGGCCAUCCUAGGCACAGCACUCAAUGCCGUCGGCCUCAUCUUCUUGACACACGCCGUCUACUCCUCCCACGAGCACACGGCUACCUUCGCGCACACGCCGCUGCCCCUCGACAUCACCAUCGAGCUCCUCGUUUCGAUCCUUGUGCUCUCCGCGGGUAUUGUCGUUUCGUCGCCGCAGCUUAAGCCGAUACAGUGGGCGAAGUGGGGCGGAAAGAUUGCGCGUGAGGGGCAGCAGAGCGAGGGAAAGUGGACGAAGGAGGGCGAGGAGAUCUUGAGCGAGGGCGACGGCUUUGCGUUUUUGGGACUGGAUAAUGGGAUUGGGGGGGAUGGGGAGGGCCGGAGGGGUUUCUGGGAUGUGAGCGGGAAGAGGAAGGAGUACGCGGAGUGGGUUAAGACGGGUGGGAAGAAAUAG